AUGGACCUCCAAAUACGAACCAGAGACCAGACCAGAGAGCGAGACUUGAAUAUUUUGUCACUUGUCCUUGACACACCUGUGGAACAUGAAGUUCCCUCCUGCAGAGAAACGUCGAUUGGCCGUUACGUGUUUGUCACCUCUUCAUUAAUGCCCCAUUCUUUUGCGAUGGGAAAGAAAACAAAUGGACACAUGGCUGGCGUCAACGGAGGGGAAUUAAGGAGGAGACACAAGCCUGGAGGAGGAUAUAAAGGAGCCCUAAGAAGUCUGAAGAGACCGGAGAGUCUAAAAUGUUGA